CCAACUCCCGCAGCCUUUCCUCGCACAGCAGCCCCAAGGAGGGUCUGUGCCGCAGCCGCCAACCAGCGGCCCGAACGUGCAAGUGGGCGGGGGAGAGGCUGGUGCGGUGGGAGCGAUCUCCACGCCAGAAGCGAGUACAGGUGUUGGAGAAGAAGAUGAUGAUGGUGAACACCAUCAAGACGCGACAGCAGGUGACGAAAGUGGAACGACAACUGGUCCUUCCGCAAAAGCAGGCGCGAAGACGGAGGCACUAGCGAAUUUUGAUGUAGCACCAGCUGGUGAGUCCGAGUCGAGUAAUCCUCCACCUCCGUCCCCAAAAGCGGGCCCGACGCCCGCCCCAAAGCACGAAGCACUCGACGGGCCUACCGAAGCUCCUGCGGAAGCAGGAACAGUGGCGUCGGCGGAGGUACUAGCGGAGGAAUCUGGCGUGACGGUGUCUGCAGCUCUGGAAGGGGCAUCAGCGGCGUCCAGUGCGGCUGUCCCGUCUCCAGCAGGAGAACUACAACUCCAGGAAAGUGAUCAGUUGUCUUCAGCUGUUAUCGCAACAAAUUUUCCUCCCACUGCAGCACCCGGGAGUCCGGUAGAGGUCGUAGCUUCACCUGGGGACGCAGGGCCGUCUUUAUCCAACGACGGAGAUGAGGCUUUGACUGCUGACGCUGACCGCGGCGCGGCUAGCACUGGUUCUGGAAACGUUCUUCUUCUCCCGACGACACCUGUUUUACCAAUGGGUGAAGAGCGAGGCGACGCUGGGCAUACCUCCGCGGUUGUAGAUGCGGGUAGUACGGCGCUGGCUACUCCUCCCACUGAUCAAACGCCUGACCCGUUUUCUCCGCCCGUGAGCGCACGGCCAGUCACUGAAACGGGCACUCUUGGUCCGCAACCUUCUUCUGCAGCAGCACCUCCGAGCAACGACCUGGCGUCGAGAACCGGUUCUUUGACCCCGGAAGAAGCGGUUUUGUUCUACUUUGGGGACGAGGACGAGCGCGACCUGGAGGAACCUGUAGCGAGGACCGCGGCUGCGGGCAGUGCGGACGAUUCAUCUUCCGGGCAAGUUCAUCCACAGCAGCAAGGGGCAUCUUCGGGCAGCGCCGGAAGCGGUCAGGUUGGAAGUGCAGCGGUUGACGUUGAUCAGGCCCAGACAAGUCCGGGGGAAGACGGGGAAGAAGAACAACAACACCGGCUGCAGAGGACGCGCGAAGUACUAGACAUGCCCUCGUUCUUACCACCGCCGCGCGAUCCUCUUUCUGCCAUCGAGCUGACGGAACGGGACCUGCGGUGGCGGCGCGUAAGACGGGAAAGAAGCCGCUAUUUGCAAGGCUCAUGGCUACCACCUACACCCCGCUUGCCAGCAAGUGUGGUCCGCGAAAAGCUGGUGAAAGCAGCAAGGGCGAACGGAAAUCAGACGAAGCACGUCGAUGUCAACUUUAUCAGAGCCGCGGAACGGCGGGAGGCGGAGGAGAGAUACCGG